AUGGCGACACAUUCGACGUCGCCUCCAGAGAGGGGAACGACACCCAAGGGUGCCAUCGACGCUGGCCGGCAAAAACCGGACAUGAUUUUCAUUCGUAAUGUUGCGCAUCUCCACUCCGACGAGGUACCGGUAGCACUGUUCCUGAAGUCUCGCACCGCUGUCACCGUAGCCAAUCCGCCGAAGCCGUGUAGCCAUGGUCCAGCACCACCUGCACUGUUGAGAGAGCGCGAACCAGACCUCCACCAACAUCGCCGUCGAGAAGCAACCACACCUCCAAGCGGAGCAAAAGCCAGAUCCGCUUCAUCGGCCUUCAUCGACACCAAGAGACUGCCGCUAGAUUGGAUUUGGCCCGCCCCUCCAACCUCACUCCGGCGCCAUCUUCACGGGGGCAUCGCCGCGAUCCCCUCACACGGAGGCGGCCGGAAGCCCGCUGCACGCCAGGACACCUUUCUGGCAGGGCCAUCUCGGCGCCGUCGCCCUCAUGGCCAAUCCAACGCCGCCGCCACCGCCGUGCUGGCGCUCUACCUGCAGCCACCUACCAGUAGUGCUCCUCAGCAGGAUCCGGCGAAUGCCCUCGCCGUGCCCCCGCUGUGCCUCCAAACCUCCACCAAACAGCCGACACCACCCCGCCAAGCACACCGCAACCACCAACACCACCACGGUGCCCAGCAGCAGUCAGCCUUGGCGACACCACAAGGCGAGGAACCAAAGGCGAGAGCUUCCCCACCGCCAUCACCUGCACCAUGCAGAGAUGACCGGUCAAGCAGCCCGAACAUCACCACCGAAGCCAGCUCCGGCAACACCAAGCUAGAUCUGACGUCCCAAUGCACCACGGCUGCUGCCGCUCUUCUAGCCGCACCUAGACGAGAGCACGAGCAACACGUCUCCCUUCUAGCCGCGCCAGAUCGAGAGCACGAGCACACCGCCGCCCUUCAAGCCACGCCAGAUCGGCAGCUCGCCGCCGCCGCCUUGAAGCUCCUUUUCCCGAAUCGCUCCCCAUCCAAGCCGACCACCGCCACGUUGAAGGAGCCCGAGGCCAACUCCCCGGCGCCCACGAACCGCCUGAGCAACGCGCCGCACCGGCCGGAUCCCUCCUAA